ACCAAACCUCUCUAUAUAGAAAUCUCAAAUGCCGUAGUAUAAACAAUCUUACUCCUCAACGCCCAAACCUAACAAUGAACACCAUCUCAGUCCCCAGUCAACUCUCCUUCAUUACAAAACCUUACACACAAACUCGCCUCGCUACCAUCAACUCCACUCAUGACAUCAAAAUCGCCCUCCUAGAAGGACCAUACAUCUUCCAUUCCCACCCUGACAACGAUGAAGCUUUUUACCUCGUUUCUGGAUCUCUGACUAUAGAGAUCCUUGACCACGAGGAAAAAGUGGAGGAAGUGAAGAUGCAAGCAGGAGAUCUUUUUGUUGUUCCGAAGGGAGUUAGACAUCGACCGAUCGGGAAAGAGGCUCGGGUUAUGGUGAUUGAAAAGAAGGGAGUUUUGGACGGGAGUGGAGGGUUGGCACAGCCGAUUGAGGAUGGGAAGUGAGAGCUGGAAUUGGUAUCUUAUAUUUCUCCUUCUAUGCUAUUGUAGAGAUUGUGCCCAUGAUAUCUUACACUGUCCUGUUCUGGAACUUCUCGUUGUAUUGUACAGUGAAUGUUGUACAAUCCUACAUAUCGCUGUCAUUAUUUAUUAGUUCUGUGACGAUAACGGUUAGGAUAAUGGUCAGCCUGACUUUCAGUGCCGAAUCGUCUCGUCAAUAUCCUCC